AUGUGUCAACAUACCCUGAUUCCACACUGUGGAAGUCAUGAGUAUGUCUCUGAUAAUGACGCCUUGCUCAUUUAUCAUCUUUUAAACUGCAAGAGAUUGAAUUUACCUCAUGUUAUUCUCCAGCACAUGAUCUGUGCAGCCAAAAAAGAUUACAGAAAGAAUAUUGUGCCUUAUGGCAUGAUCCUGACUAAAAUCUUCAGGCAUUUUGGAGUAUCUCUUGCAUCUGAAAAAUCUUUGAUAAAAAUUUCCAAGUUUCCCACCAAAAAUCUAUCUCAUAUGCGUAACACCGCCUCUGCUCCAACACCUACUCCUCCAUCAUGUCCCACCUCUCUCAAAAGGAAAAGAUCAGCUGGAAGACGACCUCCUACACAUCCUAUUUCCUUCUCAUCUCCUUCUACUGAUCCUAAGAAACUCUCAGAAAAAAUUCCUACACCAGAACGUUCUCCACCUCUUCCAGAACAUAUCCCAUCACCUUCCACUCUUUUUGCUCAAACAUCCGGCACAGUCUCUUCAGCUAUUCUCCACCAAAAAUCUAUCUCAUAUGCGAAAAGAUCAUCAGGAAAACGACCUUCCACAAAUCCUAUUUCCUUCUCAUCUCCUUCUACUGAUCCUAAGGAAAUCUCAGACAAAAUUCCUACACCAGAACGUUCUCCACCUCCUCCAGAACGUUCUCCAGAACAUAUCCCAUCACCUUCCACUCUUUUUGCUCAAACAUCCGGCACAGUCUCUUCAGCUAUUCCCUCGUAUACACCUCACUCCCCCAUCCACGACUUCAGUACUUACUUAUCUAAUCCACUUUUAUCUACCAUGUCUCCACUAUUUGUUUCAUCUCAGAAAACCAGUUCAUCCAUUUUCGGCAUAAGUCAGUUUUUGAACUUUCCCGCUACUGCUGGCCCCUCUACCUCAUCUGUUGGUCCCCUACCAUCUGUUUCAUCUUCUUUUGCCUCUAUUCCAUCCUUAUCUACCAUGCCUAUUCCUUCCAACACAGUUGUUGCUACCUCUUCUCAACCCUCCGCUCACCUACCCUCCACUUCCACCUUAGCUGCACCCUCCAACUCUGAUAUCAUGGCUGCUCUCCAGAUCAUCAUGGCAAGACAAAUUCAGCAUGAUCAAGAGACUGCUUUACUCAGAAUUUGGAUGGCUGAUCACCUUGCUCCCAAGCUGGGAAUUCCACCUCCGCCUCCUCAUCCGGUGCCACCUCCUUAUCAGAUCCCUCAUCCUAGAAAAUCCUCCUCCUCAGAAGGAUCUUCUCCCUCCCUAGCAUCUUAG